UAUCUUUAUCAACGUCUACAUAAGCGUAUGCGCUUUAUAUGUACUGUGGAUGUGAGAAAGAAAGAGAAAAGAGAGAAAGGUGGAUAAUAGAAAAUGAGUGGAGAAAGCGAAGGAGAAUUCUAAGCUAGAUUUGAGGAAUUGGAUCAUCAACUCCACACUGCAAAACCUAAACGCAUCCCGUGUUGUCAGGUCUCUCAGAUACUGUCCAGCCAUCACGAUGAUAAGAAAAGUACUUAACAUAAAAUACAUAUAAAUCUUAGCUCUCGUCCAUUAUUGAUACAUCUAUUUAGCUACUACAUCAUCCAGCUAUCUACACUAAAUAGUUUCCAUUCACACACCCACACAAACACACACACUUACAUGCAUACAUACAUGCACAUACGCACAAACAAACAUACACGUACAUAUAUAUCCAUACACGCAUACACAUACUUAAUCCUGUUCAAAAACAAGUUUGUAUAUCAAUCAAGCAACGCAUCCGGGAUUUUGCUCUCUCAAAAUCUUCUCCUCGCCUUAACGACAAUGAUACAAAUAGUGCUACUGCUACGACUACCACACUCAAUACUAUAGAUACUAACACUACUACUACUAUAAGCAUGACUAGUAUAAAACAGCAGUAUUAAAAUAUUAAACCUCAUGUUUCCUUUAAAAUUACAACGGAGAAAAAAAACUUGGCUAUUAACUGGUCUGGUCCUCAUUGUCUAAGCAACCAGCUAUUCCAGAUUUAUGAAGGGUUUCUAGUUCAAACUUUCAGCAGGAUCUGACGGACUCUUGAGAAUCACAAUUCAUAUAGCUGGGACCAAAUUGUCAAAACUACAUAUUCGUCUAAUCAUUGUAGAUACCAACAGCCAUCCCGCCGGUUUAAACUAAAUUACUACUACUAUAUUACUACUACCACUACUGCUACUACUACUACUAAUACUACUACUUCUGCUACUACUACUUAAUCUUAUUCUACUGCUGCCAGUUUGGUGUUGUUAAUUUUAUUACUUUACGCACGUUGUAUGGAAGUGUUAAUUUUCUGGAAUAGCACAGUAUUGAAAUAUAUUCAUCGGCUCCUGCGGACUUUUUCUUAACAGCAACAACAACAACAACAGUAUUAAUAAUAAUAAUAAUAAUAAUAAUAAUAAUAAUAAUAAUAAUAAUAAUAAUAAUAAUAAUAAUAAUAAUAAUAAUAAUAGUUACUUUAGUUAGCUCGUGGUAAUUGUUGCGAGAGUUAAUAAGAUAAAAGCACAAUGCCAUGAUUGCUCACACAUUCUUAACAUAGAUCAAACACAUCUAUCCACACACACACACACACACACACACACACACACACACACACGUUUGCAUGUAUAUUUUCAUGUGUGUCUAUAUAUGAAUUUCCACGGACGUUCUUACAUGAAUAUAUUUUUAGGAACAUAGCCCUUAGCCAACAACUGCAAAAUCCUUCGUUGCACGGUGAAACCAAAAACGUAGAAGCAGAGAAGCAACAAAAGCAAAGACCCCUGUUUCCAUUGCCACCACCACCACAACCACAACAACAAUAACAAUGACAACAACAACAAUAAUGACAACAAGGAUACCAAGUACAACAGUAAAGACGAUGGUUAACGUAACAAAUUUCCAUGAUUCAGUGAAAACGUUUUGCCCACUGAUUAAAUAUCAUGUUACGGAUGAAGGCGAAGUACAUGUUCCGUGGUUUUUUGGUGCCCUUAUCCUUGGAAUAUUUUUAGGGGGCAUCUUUGCUAUAAUUCUAGCUCGACAGUACAAAAGUAAACUGCAUUGGAAAAAGAGAAAUUCGGAAGAAGAUGGUUACUUAAACGAAAGCAAGCCCCUGGUAAUGAAAAGUGAAAUAAAUAUACAGCCUCAGAAUUUUCCAGAACAAAGCGGAUCUCAACAGUAUUUUCCUGCAUCAAACACAAAUUUUACCAAAGAAAAUCUUGUCAAGACCCAAUACCAUCGAGGUAUGGCGGAUAUUUUGCUGCAGAAGAGCAGUGAAACGAUAGAAGAAGAAACGAGCAAACAGAAUGUUGGAAGAAUUGAAAAGUUCGAAGAAUAUUGCAGAGAAGAUAAAGAAAAGAUGAUGAUGAUAUGCUUGCAAAAGUUACUGGCAACAGAACAACAAAAUGGUCAACUUCCGGGUCAAUUCUCUGUAGACUAUUUCAUAACAGAAAUAAACAAUAACAUUCAGAAUAUCAAGACACAAAGUCAAAUGAGAGACAUUGAUGAUAAAAUACAUACAGAACGGGAGAAAAUGUUCAGGAACGAUAAGGAUGAAUUCUACCUAGAAUUUGAACAAAAAAGAGCUUCUAAGAAAAUUGCGCGCCAAUAUCAAAAAGAAAUGAAAAAAAUUGGGAAAAAAUUAUCGGAAGAAAAUGUUGAUUCUUCAGUCAUUGACAGAAUAAACAGCGUGUUACUUAAAGUAGAAUCAGAGAUUGCGAUGAACAACGACACCAGUCAGAAGGAAAUGAUGCAGAACCUCGAUACAAGACAGUUAAUUCGUCAAACAGCAGCCGAGAAGAAGUUACUGCGGGAAAAAGAAGAGAAAGAUGGUGUAGAGAAUACAGUUAAUCUGGUUUGUGAUUUGCUUAAACAACUUGUAAGUUCAGGAGAAAUAUCUGAUCACCAAAACAAACAACUUAUGGAUGAAUUUAGGACCGACGUGGAUGCCAAAAAGAAACAACUCGAUGAUAAUGCUGCGCAGGAGUUAACUACGUUGACCAACAAUUUGAACCAAAAGCGUAAUGAACAUCUACAGAAACUUGAAGAAAACCAUCAAAACCUAAAGAAAAUGUAUUUCGAAGAAUUCCAAGCUGAAAAGACUGAAAAUUUCGAUGCUAGUCUUAAAAAAUACAAUAAACUCAUUAUGAAACUGAAUGAAGACUGGGAAAAAGAAGUCAAAAAUUUAGAUCAAGAAGAAAUUGAGACGGUUGAAUCAUAUCUUAAACAACUUAGCGAUUCUUAUGCCAAGCAAUUGCAAGACAUAGAAGUAAACUUGUUCGAGAAUAUAAAAACGAAAGCAAAUUCAAGUGAAGAAGACAUGGAAAAAUUGCUUAGCCAAAAGGAGGCUAUACAGCAUAAGAUCUCUGAAUCAAAAGAAGGUUUCCGGAAAGAACAAGAAAACCUACUUAAUGAGAAAAUGGAAAAACGAAUGAAGGAAAAAGAGGAACAGAAGCAGCAAUAUCAAACAGCACAUGAUGCCAUUCUAAAUCAGCAGACCUCCAUUGUGUCAAAGAUGUUGGAGAAUAAUGUCAACUUAGAUAAAGAGAAGAAAGAUCUCCUUCUGAAAAAACACCAACAGAAAAUUAAGGAACUUGGUAACCAGAUGGAACUUUCUCAUCUCAAAUAUGAACAAAGUCUUCAGAUUCAGAUAAACCAAAGACGAAACAAACUGAAACAAAUUCAAGAAGAGAAAAGAAAUGGCAAUAAUAAAAUUUCAGAUAAAAAACUGGAAUCAGAAAUAGAAGCUGCAGAAGAGAAGCUGCAGAAUGAGAAGGCUGCUGCUAUAACUAAAAUGCAAGAGACUCUGUUAAAAGAAACUGAAAGUUUAAUAGAAGAGCAAUUCGAAGAACUGAUUGCUAAAAUUGGUAAACUUGAGGUUGGUCAAGCCAGACGAAAUGUUCUUCUUGAAAGACAAGACAAGACACUUCAAAAAUUGCAGGAGAAACUUGGAGAACGUGUAAUUAACAAACAAACCCCACAAAAUCGUGUGAACCAUCUGGUGCAACAGCAUCAGAACAAUUUGAUGCAGCUGGAGGAGAAGCAUAAAGCAACCAGAGAACAUAACGAAAAACAUCUGCAGGAGAAAAUCCAACAGAAACAUAUUCAGAAGAAACAAAUGGAGGAUAAAAUGGCUGAAGAAAAUUCUAAGGAAUUACAGAAAGAAAGAGGAGUUCGGUAA